AUUUAUCAACUUCCGGUAUCACGGGGUACCAGGGAGACGGGGCAAAAAAGCGGGCAUACCGAAAUCUUUUUUGUUUUCGUCAGCCUUUAAACAUUUGAUAGCGAAUACAUUUGGCUUCUAGAGCUAAACCAUUGCGCCUCGUGGGCCGCUGAUCCACGGGGAUUAGCAUUUAUCUUGGAAAAGAGUCUCAUUCAUUCGGUUGUCGUGCUCGCUAGCUGGCUAACGAGGCUCCACACCAGUAGGCCCCUUCUUCUGGACUUUGCUACGAUCCAGUCAGCUAGCGUUAGCAGGCUAGGCUAACCCAUGCGAUCACGUUCUCUUUCUCAACGAUUUUGCCAGUUGGGUUGUAAAUAAGUACAACUCAGUGAAUACCUGUGCAUUCAAUCAUAGCUGGUAUUUAAUUUGGUUAAGUAUACCGCUAGUUUAUUCUAACUUACUCCACCCGCAUCCGCGAGGCGCUUGUUUUCAAAGUAUUCACUUUGUUGCUAGCUAAAGCUAGCCACCGCCAACUGAACAACGCAGUCACCGAGACAGCAGCAGCCCUCACAUCACAGAGAUGUCGGACUUCGACGAAUUCGAAAGGCAGCUAUCUGAGAACAAACAAGCUGAAAGGGACAAAGAAAAUCGUCAUCACCGCCGGUCCUCGUCCCGCAGCCGCAGCAGAGAGAGGAAAAGGAGGAGCAGAGACAGGGACAGACGCAGCAGGGACCGCCGUGGGGACAGUAAGGAGCGCCGGCACAGACGCAGCUCACCAACCAGCUUCCCUCAGGACAAUGCUGGAAGUCGUUCACCCCACCGUGAAAAGAAGAAGAAGGUGAAGAAGUACUGGGAUGUUCCUCCACCUGGUUUCGAGCACAUCACUCCCAUGCAGUACAAAGCCAUGCAAGCUGCAGGCCAGAUCCCAGCCACAGCCCUGUUGCCGACAAUGACUCCAGAUGGUCUGGCUGUUACUCCCACACCUGUACCUGUGGUGGGCAGCCAAAUGACCCGACAAGCCCGUCGGCUUUAUGUGGGCAAUAUCCCCUUUGGUAUCACAGAGGAAUCCAUGAUGGACUUCUUCAAUGCCCAGAUGCGUUUGGGUGGCCUUACUCAGGCCCCUGGAAACCCUGUGCUUGCUGUACAAAUCAACCAGGAUAAGAAUUUUGCCUUCCUUGAGUUUCGUUCAGUGGAUGAAACUACACAGGCAAUGGCCUUUGAUGGUAUCAUCUUUCAAGGCCAGAGCCUCAAAAUUCGGCGUCCACAUGAUUACCAACCCCUGCCGGGCAUGAGCGAGAAUCCCAGUGUCUAUGUGCCUGGUACACAGCCAAUUAAUGGUGUGGUGUCCACAGUGGUGCCUGACUCGGCUCACAAGCUCUUCAUUGGUGGUUUGCCCAACUACCUGAAUGAUGACCAGGUGAAGGAGCUGUUGACAUCAUUUGGCCCCCUGAAGGCCUUCAACCUGGUGAAGGACAGUGCAACAGGCUUAUCUAAAGGAUAUGCCUUCUGUGAAUAUGUGGAUGUCAACCUUAAUGAUCAGGCUAUUGCUGGGUUGAACGGCAUGCAGCUGGGAGACAAGAAGCUCCUGGUGCAAAGAGCCAGCGUGGGAUCCAAGAACGCCACUCUGUCCAGUAUGAACCAGACCCCAGUCACGCUCCAGGUGCCAGGUCUGAACAGCACAGUAACUCAGAUGGGAGGCCUGCCCACCGAGGUGCUGUGUCUCAUGAACAUGGUGGCACCCGAGGAGCUGCUGGAUGAUGAGGAGUACGAGGAGAUCGUGGAGGACGUCAGGGAUGAGUGCAGCAAAUACGGUCAAGUCAAGAGCAUUGAGAUCCCUCGACCCGUGGAUGGCCUGGAAGUGCCUGGAACUGGCAAGAUCUUUGUGGAAUUCACAUCGGUUUUCGACUCCCAGAAGGCCAUGCAGGGAUUGACAGGGAGGAAGUUUGCCAACAGGGUGGUGGUGACCAAAUACUGCGAUCCAGACGCUUACCACCGCCGGGACUUCUGGUAGAGGAAGCAUGAAGUCAAGAGUAAAGGGUGGGAGGGGAGGGAGGGGAGGGGAGGGGAGGGAAAAUGUACCGCCUAUUUCCAAAUCAGCCCCCUGAUUGAUUUGGCAGAGUGACAUUUCAAGUAGAUUUGAGGUUAUGAAGCAGUUGACUAAUGGUUUUGGUAACAUCAGAUUUAUCAUUGCAGAUCUACAUGAAAUGUGACGCCGUAUAAGAAAGAUAUUUGAAACCUGGACUGGAGGUGACUGGCGAGGGUUUACACUCAUGUUAGAGAAAGGGCGUGUAGCUGGCCGGGUGGGGGCAUCGACGAUAAGAUUUUUGAGAAAUAUGUGUAUUAAUAGGUCCAGGUCAACCAUUUUUAUACUUUGUGAAACUGGGGCGUCAUUUGGGGAGGGGGGGUGGGGGCGGUGGGAGGUGUAUUUAAUUGGAAGUAGCCUGUUUUAAGUACAUUAGGAAAGCGUUGCAGUAGGGAAGUAAUUGGAUUAUUUGAUUGGAUGAGAUUUGUUUGUGAAAGGGAGAUGUGGGG